AUGAGCUACCCACAACGCAUCUAUGUGCUCCCUGCACGUCAAACUCAGCCUCACAAGCAACACGUGGCACCGAGACAUGCUCAGAAACGAGCUCCUCCCACUGAACAAAUCGUGGCGGAGCUGCUCGGAGACGAUUUCGGACCAACUGGACCACGUAAGAGGGAGAGAUUAAACCAUUUGACUCAGCAGGAGAAGAUGGAAAGAAGAAAACUGAAGAACAGAGUUGCCGCACAAAACGCCAGAGACAAAAAGAAGGUGGGUCAUUCGGAAAGUAAUAAUGAGUGUGGAACAUGAUGCUUUCAGGAAAGAUCGUCGAAAAUUGAAGAUGUGAUGCGCGAUCUCGUCGAAGAGAACCGAAAACUCCGUGUCGAGAACGAGAAGCUCCGUCGUGAGAACGAACAACUCAUCCGUAACCAGGAGAAACUGUCCGCCAACCCAGUAUACAUCGAAACGAACAACGAGAACGAGUCGAACAUCUACACAAACGUCGUCUACGAGGAAGAAGUCGUCGGAGAAGUUGAAGAUUGUGCCUUUGAAUCAGCAGCAUUCAUUAGUGUGCCCCUGCCGCGGGAACAGGCACUUUCUACCAACAACCUCCAAUGCACGGAUUCCAACAAGAAGACGUUCAGUGCCGAGACGUUGAUGACUAUUGUUACGCUCCUGUGCAACCAAGUGGAGCUGAUGGGGAAGACGAUGAACAUUUCGAGCGAAUCCUCGAGCAUCUCAAAGUGAGCUUCGGCAACCAUGAGGACAUCGUUUCUAUAAAUCCGUUUACAGAGCCCAUCUGGAGAAUUCGAUCGAUACAUUGCUGGUUACCUUGAAGAAGAAGGGGACUACUGUGCGUCUUCUUCAAGCGGAUCCUUCCUUGCACCUUCAGAAACACGUGAAACACUUUCGCCGGGUUCCCUAGCCUUGUCGCCGUCGAUGAGCAACUCGAGCAACGAUUGGGAAGACGAGACGCUUUACUGUCAAACGGCAUCCACGGAAACUGAUGACGCCCUCGUCGACCCCGGAAACUGGAACUUUGAGACUUUCGAUGAGUCGUCCAUCGACUUGAAUUUCUUUGAAAACUGA